AUGGACAGAGAUGAAGACCUGGAUAGCUCAAAACGUCCCAGCUCUAGCUCCUCCCAGAACAACGCAUUUACGGUAGAGCUCGCAACGGAUGAAUCCAGGAGUAGGCCAUUCGUGAGCAGCGAUCAUUGCGAGGGUUUCUUCUCCUCGAAGGCGAAUGCCGAACGCCAGUACAAGCACCCAGAAACGCCUCGGGGGAAGAAAAGGUUGCAGUGCUCCUACUGUCCAUACAUCGGCAAGGACAGGACGAAGGUCACCAGGCACGAAAGGUCGCACACCGGCGACAAGCCAUACGUGUGCCAGGUCUGCCUGAGGGGAUUCGGCCGUUCGGACCUGCUGUAUGCGCACCUCAACACGCACACCUUGGAGACACCAUACGAGUGCGCUGUCUGUGGUCAACGCUUCCGCAGCUCGUCCGCACUGUCGGACCACAAGCUCAAGCACUUGGACCCCACUGAAUGCUACCACCGGUGUCCCGAAUGUGGAAAGACAUUCGCGCGGAGGUACCACCUGAAAGAGCAUCUAGUUACCCAUGCGGGCGAAAAGAACCACGCGUGUGGUGUGUGUGGUCGAAAGUACGCACGGAGCAGCGCUUUGAAGAAGCACGAGAGAGAGGCGCAUGGGGCCGGUGCAUCAGACUGA